AUGUCCAAGACCGUUUCUAGCGCCGCCGCCACCUCCACGGCAUGCCGCAACCUCUACGACACGCCCGUCCAAGAUGCCGCCUGCGCCAUGCCGUACGGCGGCAACCACACCAAGAUCAUGCUGGCAUGCUGCAACGACGCCGAUGUGGUCAGCUACUACAACGACUGCGGCCUCUACUGUCUCGCCGUCGACCAGACCGUUUCCGACCUCUCUGACUGCUUGUACGGAAAGGGUGCGCCUUGGGGCGAUGUUUUCUGCAAGGGCAACAACUCGGCUACCGCUACGGCCACGGGCCAGGUGAAGAUUCCUGCCAGUGCGUCGGCGAGCGUCAUUUCGAGCGACACUGCUAGCAAGAGCAAGGAAUCCGAGGAAGCAGCCGCGAGUGCCACGUCUUCCAAGGGCGCUGCGCCGGGCAUGGGGCCUCAGUCUGGUGUCAACACUCUGGGUCUCGCCAUUGGAGCACUGCUCCUUUCUGCGACUAUGUUUGGAGCUCUGCAGGUUUGA